AUGGGAGAGGCUGGGGACGACGCUUUGCAGCAGCUGCAGUCCCAGCAGUCGGAGCUGCUGGACGUGAUCGAUGAACUGCGGACCAUCGGGCUUGGUCGUAUCCUCGAGCUGCCGCAACUGAUUGUGUGUGGUAACCAGUCGAGCGGCAAGAGUUCAGUGCUCGAAGCCAUCUCACGCGUCCGCUUUCCCGCCAAAAGCAACGUGUGUACGCGGUUCGCAACAGAGGUGAUUCUACGCAGAAGCCCCUCACCACGCGUCAAAGUGAGCAUCGAGCCUGGUCCAUCGCGGAAAGAUGAGCAGGAGCGACAGAGAUUGCGGAACUUUGCAUCAGAGACCUUUGAAGAUGGCGACGAUUUGCCCUCGCUGAUCGAAAAGGCCAAGGAAUGGAUGGGGAUCAGCGAUACGACCAACGCGGGUUUUAGCGACGAUGUUCUCAAGGUUGAGAUUUCGGGCCCGGAUAAGCCAGAACUGUCGCUGGUGGAUCUCCCAGGUCUAUAUUAUUCCACGAGCAAGGACCAGGGGUCUGCAGGCAUUCACAUCGUCCGCAACCUGGUCGAGCGGUAUAUGAAGAAUACCAGGAGCAUCAUCCUUGCCGUAAUUACGGCUAAGAGUGACUAUCAUCUGCAGGAGGUAUUGAACAUUGCUGAACGCUUCGAUCCUCAGAGGGAGCGAACCUUGGGUAUUAUCACUCAACCUGACAUUCUGGAACCAAACUCCGAGGAAGAAGACACCUAUCUGCAGUUCAUCCGCAAUGAGAAGAUUCGUCUUCAGCUAGGUUGGCACGCGUUGAGAAACAGGUCUUUUGAAAGCAAGGAUGCGUCUGACGAUGCUCGUGACGAGAAGGAGAAGGAAUUUUUCAACUCGGGCCGAUGGGAAACCGUCUCUCGUGAAUUUGUUGGCAUUGAUAGUCUCCGACGACGCCUCAGCAGUGUCUUGUUGAAUCACAUCAAGCACAAUCUUCCAAGUCUGAUCACGGAGAUUAAUGAGAAAAUCACGAUCCGACAGGCGAAGCUCGCUAAACUCGGUAAUCCGCGCUCGACCUUGCACGAACAGAGAGCUUAUCUCCUUAAGAUCAGCGGUAGCUUUGAGAGACUUCUCAGCCACUCGCUGGAUGGGAUAUACCGCGAUGAGUUUUUUGGUGGAUUAGAUUCUUCACUGGACGUGGCAGAUCCCAGACGACUCCGUGCCGUCAUCAGGGAGCUCAACGAGGAGUUCUCCGAAGCCAUGUACCAGCGAGGCUGUCGCCGCCAGAUCGUCAACUCAGGAACUGAAACAGGGUACUCUGCUUCUAAUGACUCCAGAGCGGAUUCCAACCGCUACCUCCAGGACUGGACCCCUGUCAAGAUCGACAGGGGUGAUCUCGAGGAGGAAAUGGCUGAACAAGCCCGGCUGAAUCGUGGCAUUGAGCUUCCCGGUAAUGCAAACCAGUUCCUGAUUGGCAACCUUUUCCGUGAUCAGUCACAGCCCUGGGAAGAUAUCGCCAGAACGCAUCUUCUCACGGCCUGGGAGUCUGUGCGGGACUUUAUCGACCUUCUUCUCCAGCAUCUUGCAGACGAUCAUUCAUACCCACUCCUGAUGAGCCAUCUUCUCGACCCAGCCUUGGAAGAGAUUAAAGAAAAUUUGUUGGACAAACUUCGGGAAGUUAAUUCUUACAACAAGAGGGGACAUCCUCUGCCGUUUGGCCGCAAGUUUAUCGCUGCCAUCCGACAGGUGCGCAAGGAAAAAGAACCGUUCUUAAAGACGAGGAAUAAUGAUACAGCAGACAGCAUCAGUCAGCCCUCUACUGAUUUAGAUGAUUUGGAUGAAUCUUUAGGGGAUCAAUUUGCUGCUUUUGCAAUCAUUGAUAUGAUGCAGGCAUAUUACAACAUUACCAUCACCACCUUUAUUGACAAUGUCGCUAUUUUGGCAAUUGAGAACUGUCUCCUUCUUCCUCUCGAAGCCAUUUUUACCAGCCUCACGAUUAAUAAUAUGGAACGUGAACAGAUUGAGCUCCUCGCCUCUGAACCUGCCUAUAUCAAACAGGAUAGAAACACUCUGCAGAACGAACUUGAGAAGCUACAGGCUGGCCUGCGCGCCUGCAGUCGUCACAAAACCCUUGUCCGACGGCCCAAUACGUCGCGCAAGCCGGCCAAGGCAUCUGAUAAGGGUCAGGAGAACGGAAAAAAGGAUGACCCUGGCCAGAAAGAAGGCAGCACUGUGCAAAAGAGUGCGAGUCAAACAAGUGAUACGGGUCACAAAUCCCUUUUCUCGAGUAUGUCCCCAUAA